AAGCGGGUGCUCGCUGGGAGUUUUCCGAAUGUUAAAAUAAGCUCGAGCCGAGCUUCCAGGCAUCGGCUGAGAAGGUUGAUCCCCGCAAUAGACUUGUCAACUAUAAGAGCCCAGCUUCUCUGCUACUCCGUUAUAAUUCCAGCAUUGUCAAGAGAGAUCACUGCCACUGCUCCAUGGAUUCCUCUGCAGGAGAUCUGCCGACGCCCGACACCGUCUUCAAGCCACUGCUGGACGACACCGUCAGUGAGUCUUCGAUCUCAUCUCACUACCAGUCACUUGUCUCGUCAUCCGAAACAACACCCGCGGCUCGUGUUCGCGGUAUAUUUCGAAAAGCACGACAGCUGUUCAUCAACCGGCAGUUUUCAGAGGCAUAUGCCGCGAUCCAGCCGCUUGUGACGCAAACCUCGACUCUGUUUGCUACCGUCAACGCGGACUCUGCUCUUCAUGGGCAGGUCUGGCAGCUCUAUCUCGCCCUUCUUGAUAGCAUCCUGAGUUUACCGGAGAAUGAGCAGAAAGAGUCUUUUAGCAAGGCAGAGAUGAGCUAUAUACGGGAGCUGGCGGUUGAAUUUGAGAUAUGGACACAGGCGCGGGCCACGUGCACGUCUUCGAGAAAUAUCGAGCCAGACUUGAUCCUUGCACUGGCGGCUCUAUGCAUAAGACACGAUGCUAAUUCCGAGGGUGUGCGUGUAAGAGUUGAGGAUUUCAUCAUAGUCGGCGGCCCGCUGAUGCCAGAAUCGAAAGCCUUUCGGAAACUACUGGAGUUUUAUGUGUUUUUCAUCUUGCCAGCCUGCAGCAAAUGGUCGGAUGCGCGACACAUGAUUGACAGUCGGAUCGAGUUCGAUGCCGAGGCCAAGGUGGAACUACACAACAGACUAGAUAAGCUAGAGUCGUCUACGAUCGAAGCACAGAAGAACAAACUUAAAGCCGACGUUCUCUCAGCUCGGAAGAGAGAGCUUGAAAAGAAGAGAAAGGCACAGGCUGCUGCGAAAGCGAGUAGCAAGAGCGAGCAAUCCCCGGCAGAUGCGAGCACUGCGCAGGACGCAGACGCAGACGGCGAGCAGUCUCCAGCUGGAGGUGCUCCAGCGCCUAAAGCCAGUAGAAUAAGGGCGAUCACAAGACUACCGGACCUAUGGAAGACAAUACUACGGACAAGCCGACAGCCGGCUGUGCUGAUUCGGCUGUUGGAGUAUGUGAUGUUCUUGCUUGCGCUCGUGCUGGCACUUGGGGUGUCGGAGAACCGCAAAAAGCUCGGCAGCAUGCUCCUUACGUUUCUCGGUCGAGCUAAGAAUACGCUGGCGAUGGCUGUUCGGGUUAGAUAUGUAUAGUAUUAAUAAUGUACCAGUAAUAGAACUAGUCGAGAUAGAGAAUUAGGAUGC